AUGGGUUGCAUUAGCUCGAAGCAGGCGGUCCGGGCAGCUGCCAACGCUAAUGCGGCGGGUUCCUCCCCUGUUUCCGUUCACACGACGCACAGCAUCAACAACAACAAUAACAAUAAUGGCGCGGCCAUGACUGUGGUGGCCUCACGCUCGCUGAGGAACCAUUCUGGGGCGUUGGAGUUGGAUAGCGUUAAGAUUAGGAAAGAAGAGGGAUCAGAUGAUCGGAGCCGCGAGGUGAAGAAGUCGAAGAAGGAUACCUCUCGUUCGCAUUCGAAGAGCUCCUUCAGCUUCAAGCUCGGGUUCUCUCACAGGCACGUGCAGGCCGAGCAGGCCGCCGCCGGGUGGCCCACUUGGCUCACCGCUGCCGCAGCCGAGGCCAUCAAUGGUUGGAUCCCUCUCAGAGCUGAUUCUUUUGAGAAAUUGGAGAAGAUCGGACAAGGUACGUACAGCAGCGUGUUUCGAGCGCGAGAAGUUGAAAGUGGGAGGAUGGUUGCACUGAAGAAGGUGCGAGUUGACAAUUUUCAGCCAGAGAGCAUAAGGUUUAUGGCACGAGAAAUAAUGAUUCUCCGCAGACUGGACCAUCCAAACAUCAUGAAAUUGGAGGGGCUUAUUACUUCUCGAUUAUCAAGUAGCAUAUACCUUGUGUUUGAAUACAUGGAACACGAUCUUGCAGGACUCGUAUCCAGCCCUGAUGUCAAAUUUAGUGAAUCACAGAUCAAGUGUUAUAUGACACAGCUAUUAUGUGGAAUUGAGCACUGCCACUUACGAGGUAUAAUGCAUCGAGACGUUAAAACAUCCAAUAUUUUGGUAAACAAUGAUGGGAUUCUGAAAUUGGGGGAUUUUGGAUUGGCAAAUGUCGUUAGCCUAAAGAGCAAGCAACCUCUGACCAGUCGUGUGGUUACUUUAUGGUAUCGUCCUCCUGAACUUUUGAUGGGGUCAACGAGUUAUGGAGUAUCGGUGGAUCUCUGGAGUGUGGGCUGUGUAUUUGCAGAACUUCUCAUACGGAAGCCUCUCCUAAAAGGGAGAACUGAGGUUGAGCAAUUACACAAAAUUUUCAAGCUUGUUGGUUCUCCACCUGAUGAGUUCUGGAAAAAGUCUAAACUUCCUCAAGCAGCUAUGUUUAAACCUCUGCAUAAUUACGAAUGCUGUCUCUCGGAGAAGUGUAGAGAUUUUCCAACAACUGCUGUGAAACUAAUAGAAACUUUGCUUUGCGUAGAACCUCAUAAGCGUGGGACGGCAUCCUCUGCCCUCAUGUCUGAGUAUUUCAACACAAAGCCCUUUGCAUGUGAGCCAUCAAGCUUGCCAAAGUAUGCCCCUAGCAAGGAAAUCGAUGCGAAAAAUCGUGAGGAUGGACGAAGGAAAAAGGCUGGUGCUAGAUUGCGAGAGCCUGCAGCUUCAAGAAAGCCUAGAAGAGUCCGGAAAACUUUGCAAGAAGCAAACAGUAACAGUAAAUUAGCAUCAAAAGAGGAAACGCAAGAUCAUGCUCAACUUGCUCAGAGAAGCAAUGGCAGUGAUGCACAUAUUCCCAAACGAAGAGGUGUUUUUGUGCGUGGAGAGGCACUAAAGCCAUCACUUGAUACAAUGUCAGAGACUUCCCAAAUGAUAAAUCCUUCUCAAGGGGACAGUGGAUAUUCAGGCCCGGCACAAGUCUCAGGAUCAACCGGGUUUACGUGGGCAAAAAGGCGAAAGGAGGACGCUACAUCCACAAUAUCAGACGGAUCAAAGAGCAAAAUCAGUGCAUUAGAUCCAUACUUUGCAAAAUCAUCUUACGUAACCAAAAAAGAGAAUGAUCUUUUAUGCAGGGCUGUUGCCAAUUCCAUCGAGAGUGCCAAGUUUGCAAUGAAGAGGCAGCAACGCCACCUUGACCGGCCGGAUUCUUUCGACUCGUCUGAGACAUACCAUUCUCCUGACGUAUCACCAGUAUUUAGUCAAAUAGGAGAAACAGAUGCAUUGAGCCCGAAAUCCAAUGCUGGUGGCAAAAGCAGAGGUGGCCACAUUGAAUUCUCAGGACCGUUGCUCCAUCAACCACAUAAAUUUGAUGAACUCCUGCAUAAGAAUGAAGGUCAUAUUCGUCGGACAGUUCGCAGAUCAAGAUUUGAAAGAGAUACCUGAAUUCAUGAAGAAAACAAAAAACUAAGAGAUGUGAAGGUGUUCUUCCAGUAGCACCUAUCAAUUGUUUUUUACAUUUUGAACUUGUUUUUACAGAUUGAUGGUGCAAGGUUUGUAGGAUUUAAGGAGAAUGAUUGCCGGACUCAACUCGUCAACCCUCCGACACUGCCUUCAACGGCGGCAGCUCCAUCUUGCUGCUGACAGGGUUUGGGAUGUUCUCAUAUCAUUUGUAAUAUAAAAGAAGAGGCCAAAGUUCAUACGAAUCUACACAAUAUGAUGAUUCAUCACUUAGAUAAUUGAGUAAUUUCAACUGCG